AUGAGCCAAGCCAUGGCUAUUCAGGCUUCGCUUGUUUGUCCGUUUACACAGAGAGUUCUGCUGACACUGGAAGAGAAGCAUCUUCCUUAUGGCCUAAAGUUAGUUGAUCUCGGUAACAAGCCAGCCUGGUUUUUAAGUAUUAGCCCAGAAGGUAAAGUCCCAGUGGCGAAAGUUGAUGACAAAUGGAUAGCAGAUUCCGAUGUUAUUACACAGACAGUAGAGGAAAAGUUCCCCGACCCGUCACUGGUGACCCCACCUAAGAAAGCUUCUGUCGGGUCGAAAAUCUUUUCGACAUAUAUUGGCUUCUUAAAAAGCAAAGAUGCGAAUGAUGGAACGGAGAAAGCUUUACUGAAUGAACUCUCUGCUUUCAAUGAUUACAUCAAAGAAAAUGGUCCGUUUAUCAACAGAAAGGAUAUCUCUGCUGCAGACUUGUCGCUAGGUCCGAAGCUGUACCAUAUGGAGAUCGCUUUGGGUCAUUAUAAGAAGUGGUCAGUCUCAGAUUCACUUCCCCAUCUGAAAAUAUACAUGAAGAUUGGGCCAGAUCAUCAAACUUUGUACUGGAGUGCUACAUGGCCAAAGGAAGUUGAGCAACUUGCAAGGCAGUUGCUUUAUAACCCUUGCAAAGUGGUGAUUGGUUCUUCAGAAUUGAAAGCUAACCAUUCAAUUCACCAACAUGUGGAUAUUAUGACCGAAAAUCAAAAAUUGAUAAAUGCUUAAUGAGGAAGGUCGAGUGGAUGUGGGACAAGUGACACUUACAACUACACGGUACCUGUCGGGUCGAAACGGUGAGAGACAUGUGGCGAUGUUACGAGUUAGUGCGUUUCGACGACGAACCGGUGGCAUAUGGCGGAGUUGCAAUCCGUCACACAUCAUGCGAGGCGGAAACGGAAAUUGACAAACUCGAAAGACAUACCCUUCUACUGAAACAUAAUAUAUUAGUGAAUUGGUAAAACGUUAUAUAGAGCUAGCAGGGCCAACCCUGAGAAUUCGUGUACCAUGUUCGAGCUCGAAAAAACGUGCCCUUAGGUGGAGGAAUGUGGAGAGCUUUGAGUUUGAUGAGGAAGAACUUAAAUCUUUCAAACUCUUUUUGCUUUGACAGUAUUUGUUUUUGUUUCAUAUAAGUUAAGUUGGUUCUUUAAUAUGUACUCUUUUCUAUCAUUCACAUGUUAUAUGUAUUUGAUCAUGUAGCAGCAACCCGAUCAGUAUCCAAAGAAAGAGCCAAGAUAUAGAAUAAAAGGUCAAAGCUCAAUUGAGCCUGGUCUCUCAAGUUGAGAGUCAAAAUUGUUGGGCGGAAUGAUUUGAAAAACUUGAUGUCCAAAUUCUCUUAUGUCAUUCGUUUUAAAAAUAUACCCAAUCACCCAAUGUUCAUGUAGUAUUACUUGCCCUUUUGUAUUUGUACACAUAGAGGUCGAAAUUUCAAUUCUAUUU